AUGCCGUCAUUGCGGAACAUCCUCCACAAACGCGACGAGCUUACUGAACCUACUGAACCGCCCGCAACACCAGAGUUCAAGCUCAUCCGCUCAGACACACAUACCCAAGAGAUAAUCACAACCCAAGAUUCCGACGCAGAUCUCCUAUCUUCACCCACACAGGAGACCCGCUCAUCCCCGCGCCGCAGCUUCCAGCUCUUCAACCGCUCCUCCAGAGCAGGCUCCGCAUCCUCACAGUCCCCGCCGCGCCGCGAGCGCCGUCUCUCAACCCUCCUCCACCUCGACUCCCGAAGUCGGAGUAACUCGCGUGACUCCGUCAAUCUCCCUGCAGAUCUCCCGCAGAUAGAAGAUGAUCAGGGUGCCUCCAAGCAGGAGCGCGAAGCACAGUGGGAGAAGAGGGCGACGGUGCUUGUGCAGCGGAACCCGCAGUUCGGAUAUUCGGGGUCCUCGUUGCCGGGACAGGUUGAGGAGCCGGUAGGUCUUGGGGUGGAGCAGGCUAGAUCGAGGAGCUCGAGUCGGAGCCGUGUGGUUUCAGAUCCGGAUACCGAUAUCAAUAUUCAAGAAGCGAUUCGAUUACAUGAAGCUGGAGACCUUGAGCGAUCCACGCAUAUGUUUGGACAGCUUGCUGAUCCGAAUGGUGCAAAUAACCCAUUAAGCCAAGUCUUAUUUGGUCUCGCGUUACGACACGGAUGGGGCUGUCCCCAAGACCUACCACGCGCAGUAACCUACCUAUCUGCGGCAGCAUCAAACUCGGCCGCGGUCGAAGCCGAGGCCCUGCGCGCCGGGGUGAAAAAGGGCGGCUCUGCCAAGGGUGAACUUGUCCUGGCUAUGUUCGAGCUUGCCAAUUGUUUCCGUAAUGGGUGGGGACUGGCAAAAGACCCUGCUGCUGCUCGGCAGUAUUACGAAACUGCAGCCAACCUGGGGGAUACUGACGCCAUGAAUGAAGUGGGUUGGUGCUACCUCGAAGGAUUUGGUGGGAAGAAAGAUAAGUUCAAAGCGGCCAAGUAUUAUAGACUCGCAGAGGAAAAUGGAUGUCCUACGCUGGGCAACUCAUGGAUUUGGAAGGACAAGUAUAGCCCAAAGUGA